AUGGCGAACGACGACUUUGAGCAGAGGGAGAGCAUCGACGAUAUGGACUUGAAGGCAGGCGACCAUAUCGAGUCCGUCGACAAGGCGGCCGCUGUCGAAGCCACAGUCGCUGCCGACGUUGAUGACAUCCCUAUCAGCCCUUACGUCUGGAUGGUGGCCCUGUCUGCCUCGAUUGCUGGUAUGCUCUUCGGGUAUGAUACCGGUAUCAUUUCGGCUGUCCUAGUCUAUAUCAAAGAUUCCCUUGGGGGUCGCCACCUUACAAGCUCCGAAAAAGAGCUUAUCACAUCUCUCUGCUCUGGUGGUGCCUUUUUUGGUGCUAUUUUUGCCGGAAACACCGCCGAUAGGUGGGGUCGUAAAACCGCAAUCUACCUAGGUAGCAUCCUUUUUGUAAUUGGUGCAGUUCUCCAGGGCGCUGCAUACACGAUUGCACAGAUGGCCGUAGGCCGCGUCAUUGUUGGAUUCGGUGUGGGAUCGGCCGCAAUGAUUGUGCCUCUUUACGUCGCAGAAAUCGCCCCGUCCAAGGCCCGCGGACGCCUUAUCGGCUUGAACAAUGUGUCGAUUACUGGAGGCCAGGUCAUCGCUUAUGCCAUCGGUGCUGCCUUUGCUAGUGUUCCGCAUGGAUGGCGGGUUAUGGUCGGCCUCGGUGGCUUGCCUCCCAUUAUCAUGGCUUGUCUGAUGCCGUUCUGCCCCGAGUCUCCUCGCCAUCUUGUUUAUAAAGGUCGAAUCGAGGAGGCUCGUGUGGUCCUGCGCAAACUCUAUAAGGGUGCUACCGAUGUUCAAAUUGACGCCGUGCUUGCCUCUAUCCAGGCUGGGUGUGAGGAAGCUCGCGCCAUUAGCGGAGAUGAGGGAGGUUGGGCGAAGAUCGUACGGAUGCAUACUGUCCCCAGCAACUUCCGAGCCCUGCUCUGUGCGUGCGGCUUGAUGGUCCUUUCACAAAUCUCUGGAUUCAACACCCUGAUGUACUACUCUUCCACCAUCUUUUCCCUGGUCGGUUUCACCAGCCCGACAGCUGUCGGUCUCGUCGUUGCAGGAACCAAUUUCAUAAUGACGUUUGUCAACAUGGUUCUGGUUGAUCGUCUUGGCCGUCGACGCCUGCUUCUAGCCACUGUCUGGGGAAUGUCUGCGGGCUUGAUCGCUGUUUCAGUGGCCUUCAGCUUCAUCCAUGUCGAUGUUAAUGCGACUGACAUCGCACCCCAAACAGUUACUACUCCCGCGAUUGUGGUAUUGGUAUUUAUCAUCUGGUUCGUGAUUUUCUACGGCGUAUCUGUCGGCAACACGGCAUGGAUGAGUGCAGACUUCUUCCCUCUGGAAGUGCGAGCCAUGGGAACUAUGUGGAUGACUUGUUCGUCCUGGGCGAGCAACGUCAUUGUUUCCAGCACUUUCCUGUCAAUGACCAACGCCAUGACAAUGGCUGGUACGUUUGGUUUCUACGCGGGAAUCUGCGGUGUUAGUUAUGUUUUGAUCUAUUUCUUCUACCCAGAAGUCUCGGGGCUGGUCUUGGAGGAGAUCAAGGAGGUCUUUGAACACGGAUUCGGCGUGAGAUAUGCCAGGAACCUCAGGAAAGAGCGGAAGCAAGUUAUCGAAGAAAGACUGAGGGCUAAGGAGGAGUCCAAACCCGCUGCUCACUGA